AUGUUAAAGUGCAGCGCCGCACUGCUGCGCUACCGCACGGCGUGGCGCGAGCUGCUGCACCCGCUGCCGGUGCACGCGCGGAAGAUGGAGUGGCUGAAGCGUGACGCGGUGGAGCAAAACGAGGCGUUGCUGCGCCGCCCGUACUACACCAUCAAGUCGUACGUCCUCCCACCGGCGCUGGGAAGACGAAGCGAGGCGGAGCAGCGGCGUGGCCUGCACUCGUCCUUCAGCCUCGAUGCGGCGAUGCAGCAGCCACGGCGGGUGACGUCGCCGGAGCGGCUGCAGGAACUGCGGGAGCAGCUGCGCUUCCCCGGCGCCGCCGGACCAUCACCACCACCACCAGCAGCAGCGGCUGAAGGAGGAGGAAAGGCAGCGGAAAGUUACGAAGAGGCGUACGGGGCACGGCUGNCAGCAGCGGCUGAAGGAGGAGGAAAGGCAGCGGAAAGUUACGAAGAGGCGUACGGGGCACGGCUGCGGCCGCGCUACCCGGAGAGUUGGGACACGGUGCCGCCGCACCAGCCGUCGCGCGGCCUGCUGUGA